UGAAGAAGCACCCAGAAGAAACCACCCACCAUAACCAAGACCAAAUAAAUAAACCCAAAACGAAGAAGCAGACGGUGCGAAACACGGGAAGCUCAAGGCGAGAGAGAGAUUCAAAUUAGGGUUUUUGAAUUUGCAGAGAUGAAGCGCAAAGACUUUGUAGAAUUAGACGACGACGACGACUUCUCUCCUUUCUCAAAAUCCAGGAGAUUGGAUGGUGGGUUAUUUGCGACGAUAAAUGAAGACCAAAGUAGUGCAGCUCAGGUGUUUGAAGAAAUGCCGACACCAGAAACCAGUGUUGUGAUGCAAACAGAUGAUUUGCCAACGGAACCUUUGCCUUCUGGGGAUGAGAAAGCUCUUGUGCUCUAUAACCCCACGAAUACGCGGUUUUUCAAAGCACCCGAUUCGCGGGAUUUCUCUGUCAUUGUGAAUUCGGACUUGAUUCCGGGUUUAAGAGAUCAUAUUUAUUCGUGGGGAUAUUCAAAGUCACCGAAGCCGGUAGAGGAUCGUGGGUCCGAAGAGGAAAACAAAGAUGUUUCAAAUGGGUGUAUGGCUGUUGUUCCCUGGGUUGCACCCAACUUCCCACCAGCUUCACGAGAUGUGACACAGAUUGCAAGUCAGUCGGAGCCCAUGGAAGUUGAAAUGAUGGACACAGAUGAUAACAGAUUCAAUGGGGCGGAAGCGUCUGGGUUCAGUGGAACGAUGAUGGAAGGAUCUAGUGGGGUACAAAACUGGCCUCAGCAACAGCAGCUACAUUGGAUGGAGCCACAACUCCUCCUGAACAAUUAUACUCCCGUCACUUGGUAACUAACAAGUUGUACAUCGUAAGUCCCAGUUCUUACCAGACACCUAAUCCCAGUCUAGUAUUUUGUUCAAACUGAAUGACAUCUGCCACUUCUGGGGAAAUUUUAUAAAUUUACCAUGGAAACUCCGAGUUCCAUCCUUGCUUAGUUGCGGGUGAUCCGCAGUUUAGAAAUUUGUUUUGUUCCGUAACUUUCGAAUUAAUUGAAUUUCACAUAAAUCA